AUGUCAAUUCCAACUUCUGCUCAAGCCCUGGUUGUCAGGGUCGACAGUAACAACACUCCCAAGCUUGUCAAGGAACCUAUCACUGUGCCUAAGCCUGGCAAACACCAGCUCCUGGUCAGGGUGUCUCAUGUAGCUCAGAACCCGACAGAUGUUCAAUCUUUCGAUGGCAACGGCUUCGGCGAUGGUGCUGUUCUUGGCUGCGAUUUUGUUGGCGUUGUCGUGGAGACCGGCUCAGAUGUAACUAGGAUUACGAAGGGAACCACCAUUGCCGGUCUCAUCUGGGGCGCGCUUGUGUCCAGAAGCGCUAAUGAGUGGCUCGGUGAAACAAAGGGUCUCGGCGGAUACAGCGAGUACACCCUUGCCGACGAGCGUAUUUGCUUCCCCGUUCCCGAAGGCUUGAGCGACGAACAAGCAUGCACUAUCCCCCUUGCGUCGUGUACGGCCCUGCUGAGCUUGUUCUCCAAGGACUGCCUUGCCAUAGAUGCGAAGGCCGAUGAAAAGCCCACUGUACUCAUCUGGGGAGGUAGCUCAAGCGUAGGACUUUAUGCAGUCCAGAUUGCGAGGCUGCAUGGAUUGCAGGUCAUUGCAACCUGCAGCCCAAAGCACCACGAUCUUGUCAAAUCAUAUGGAGCCAAAGAAGUAUUCGACUACCGGGAUUCCCACGUAGUCGACAACAUCCGACAGGCAGCCCCGGGUCUUCGUUAUGUGUUUGAUACCAUCGGGAACGGGAAUUCCUCCAAAACCGCCUCAUCCGCCAUCACUUACAGUGAGGGUGUCUUGUGCACUGUCCGACCCGGUAAAGCCAACACCGAAGGUGUGGCCGACGGUGUCAAGGUUACCGACGUUCUUGUGUGGACAGCAUUUCUCAAGGAACAUCGUUACGGGGACUUUUACUGGCCGCCCAAAGAAGCGGAUCAUGAACUUGCUGCGGGUUACUUCCACGAAUUGCCUAGCCUAGCUUCGUCAGGUCAAAUCAAGCCCAACACUCCCAAGCUAGUUGAAAGCGGUCUAAAUGGUGUUCCGCAAGGUUUCCAGGAGUACCGCGACGGUAAGAUUUCGAAUUAUAAAAUCGUCUAUAGAGUCUAA